CAACGGUAGACCGUCUCUACACGUCACCUGAGCCCCUUGGAAUUGUCAGCUCUCUCCGACAGCAAAGAGAGACGAAGAUCUCUCAGUAGCUCCGUCUAGAGAGAGAAAGAGAGAAUUUGAUAGAGAGAGAAAAUCGUAAAAUCGAUGAUACUAUUGCAGUCUCCGUCGAGGUACCUCCUACAGAUCUUGUCAAAUCGGGUUGAGAAUCUUGAGAAAGGAGUUGAAUUGGAUUGCCAUUGGGUUGAAUUUGAUGAUGUUCGUUACCAUGUUCAGACAUCAAUGAAGAAUCCACAGCUCCUGCUGCUAUCAGUAUCGUUACCCACACCGCCUCCAGAAACUGUUUUCUUUGGUGGACUUCCUCUUGGAGCGAUAGAAGCUAUAAAAGCUGCAUAUGGUGUCAUCUUACAAAUUCUUGAUCCUCCAAGAGAUGGCUUUAACCUCACGGUGAAACUGAAUUUGUCAAAACUUCCUCCAGAUGAAGAGUACAAACAUGCUCUUUUGGUAAAGAUUGCAUCUGUGAGGGAAGUAGUCCUGGGUGCCCCAUUAAGAGUAGUUCUAAAACAUCUUGCUUCAAGGACUGUUGCUCCGGACAUGGAUAGGCUUGUUCCUCUAGUGCAUCGGCCUAAAGAGUCUUUUUUCCUUGUUCCCCAGGUAGAUAAAGUGACUGUGGUUUUUCCUAUGAGAUUCAAGGAUUCCAUAGAUACUGUUCUCGCAACUUCUUUCUUACAGGAAUUUGUGGAAGCAAGGCGUACAGCUGGACUUAGCAAUUCCCCUUCCUGCUCGUGGUCUCCUUCUCCUCCUCCAGAACUGAAGGGAGUUCCUGUUGAAGCAAUACAUGCAAAUGCAGGAUUUGUUACUUUUGUCAUUUUCCCACGCCAUGUAGAAGGAAAAAAACUGGACAGAACUGUUUGGAGUUUAUCAACAUUCCAUGCAUAUGUUAGCUAUCAUGUCAAGUGUUCAGAAGGUUUCAUGCACACUCGAAUGAGACGUCGCGUGGAAUCAUUAAUACAGACUCUGGAUCGUGCCAAACCAGAUAAGGAGAAGGCAAAGAAAACUACCCCAAACAGAUCCUUCAAACGACUGAGCCUGAAAGAGGCACGAAGCAGUUCGAAUUCAAGGUUGCAAUAAGUGGAUCGAAGAAAAAGCAGAUCAGCUGGUGCUGAAAUUACCACAAAUCUUUCCCGAGGAAUUGCAUCUAGUAAUGAUGGGAAGAUAGCUGCAGGCACUUAUGCCAAGUGAGAUCAUUUAUGUUAAGAUGGUAUUGUUAUAAUUUUUGUUUUUGCUAUUAGCUCUGUUUUUUGCGCCAAUGAGAAUGUUAUUCAUUAGCUGAUUUUGGGGUCCAUAUAACAUUUUCUAUCUGCUUCCCUCCCUGGUUUUCCUCUUUUUUUUUUCUUUUUCUUUUCUAAUGGCUUGAACUUUAAUGUAGUUCUUUGUUUCAUAGGUUUUCCAUGAACAAGCAAAUUGAAUAAUUUAUGAAAAUGAAGUUGCCCUAA